UGUCCGUACGUGCGAACGUCACAGCCAGGCCCGUCUGCCCGCCCAGCCGGUGUGCCCAGCAGCAGCUGCUACAGCCUCCACUGCGCGCGUAUAGGAGAGCACGGGGAGCGGGGCAUUGUGGGUAGGAUGGACCAGUCCAGCCACAGUCUGCUUCUGCUCCAGCAGCUGAAUAUGCAGCGAGAGUUUGGCUUCCUCUGUGACUGCACAGUAGCUAUCGGGGACGUGUAUUUUAAAGCGCACAGGGCUGUUCUUGCCGCCUUUUCCAACUAUUUCAAGAUGAUCUUCAUCCACCAAACCAGUGAAUGCAUUAAAAUUCAGCCGACGGACAUCCAGCCGGACAUAUUCAGCUUCCUUUUACACGUCAUGUACACAGGGAAGAGCCCGAAGCAAAGUGUAGACCAGUACAGAUUGGAGGAAGGAGUGAAAUUCCUACAUGCUAAUCUCUUCACGUCACCGGCCAGUGAGCCAACACAAGUGCUACCGUCAGACACCAUACAGACCUCUAACCUAUAUGGAAUCCAGAUAUCAACGGCACAAAAAGCGCCAAAGGAAAGCCUUCAUAUGAGGAAGAACCAGCCGAGUGCAACAAGACCCAUCCCGCAAGGAGAACAUCCCCAGCUACAGUUGUCCCUUGCUAUUGGACUAGAAGGCGUAGGUUCGGAGCAGCAAAGCUCACAUUUUACCAGCCAAAUCGGCACCACAGUGCAGUCAAUAGAAGACAUUCAGAAGAGCGUGAGGUCCAUAAAGCAGGAGACCAGCGAAUCUGAAUCUAUGAGUUCCCCGAACAACUCGCUUCCACCAUCAGACGAGGUUGAACCAAACCUCAUUACAUCGAGCAACAGAGUGUACUCCUGCCAUUACUGCGGCGAGCACUUCGAGUCCCGCGUUACGUUGAGAGAUCACUUGCAUAUUCACGUGUCUCAGUCGCUUCCAUUUGGAGUCCCAACAUCUAUUCUAGAGAGCGACGAUCUGGGUGAAGUGCGUCCCAUACUUGAAAACAUUGAGAGUGCUGACACUUGCCGGCUUGGGGGCUACCUUCUGAACCGAACUGAGGAGCCACUUCUGAGCGCGAACCACGCAGAACAGCUCCAACUCAACCAAUUAUCUUUCCUCACAAAAGACGCAGAUCCUAUAGAACUAAACUUCUCGUUUUUACGGAAGAGGAAAUUCAGUUGCACGGUGUGUGGACACAGAUUCGCCAGACGAAGCCAGUUGCUGGAGCACGUACACACUCAUAAAACAAAGCCACACAAGUACCAGAGGAUUGAUAACUUGGUGGAGCAGAACUUGCACAGCUACUGUAGUAACAUUACUGAUAUCAGCCAGAAAGAGCCUGACCUGCUGCUGGAUCCUCCCGAGUUCCUUGAAGAAGAGGAGCCCACAGAUUCACAGGAAAAUGUGGAGUCUGUUCUAGUAGAAUAAAAUACGUGUGUGUAUUUUCUGUGAAGAAAUCAGAGUUAAACCUUUUAGCUCACUGUAAUUAUAUUCUAAAACUAGUUUAUGGGUGUUAUCCCACAAUUAAAGGGAUUUUCCAGACUUUUAAUAUUGUUGACCUAAUCUAUUGUUUGAAGGCACUCCAGCUUGCCAUACAAGCCACUAUGCUUCGUUUUGCAGGGUUGUUCAAUUCACUUACAGGGGUUAUAUAAUCUCAAACAUUGGUGGUUUAUCCCUAGAUUAUGCCACCAAUGUCUGAUAGAUGCCGGUCCCGCCUCUGGGACCCUCACCUAUCUCUAGAACCGAACCCGCAAAGUGAAGGAGAGCGGACAGAGCAGCAGCUACCCUCUAUUA